AACUUUAGCCGAUCAGUGUCCUCCACAAGAAAAAAAUAUACUAUAAGCAAUAGAAAAAUAGUAAUCCCUCAAUAAGAAAAUCAAGAAAGAGAUUUCCUUUUCUUCCUGGUCUCCCUUCCACCACCAACCUCUCCUCCGGCCGGCCGAGUUGUCCCGCUCCGGCUGCGUCUUCUCCGGCGAGAGGGGUAGCUAGGUUUGCCUGCUCUUCCUUUGAGCGGUCUCCUCCCGGCAGGGCUGAGGAGAUCUCUCGGGACCUCGGGACUGGGGCGUGUAUGAUGGGGAUUUCGCUUAUGCCGAUGAAGACGCCCACGCGGCUUCUGUGGAGCACCAGCUUCUUCCGCCACAAGCUCGCCGCCAUGAUCGCCUCCUCGUCCUGCUUCUUAUAAGAGCCCCUCCGCCGCGCAGCAGCUGUAUAUAUACGUCUUUUUCGUUUGACUUCGCCCCCGUUCGAUCGACAACCAACGCAACUUCUUGAAGCUUUCUCUGCGAUGGAGCCCGGCCGGCUCAUCUUCAACACGUCGGGCUCCGGCAACGGACAGAUGCUCUUCAUGGACUGCGGCGCGGGCGGCAUCGCCGGCGCGGCCGGCAUGUUCCAUCGAGGGGUGAGACCGGUCCUCGGCGGCAUGGAAGAAGGGCGCGGCGUGAAGCGGCCCUUCUUCACCUCGCCGGAUGACAUGCUGGAGGAGGAGUACUACGACGAGCAGCUCCCGGAGAAGAAGCGGCGCCUCACGCCGGAGCAGGUCCACCUGCUGGAGAGGAGCUUCGAGGAGGAGAACAAGCUGGAGCCGGAGAGGAAGACGGAGCUGGCCCGCAAGCUCGGGCUGCAGCCACGGCAGGUGGCCGUCUGGUUCCAGAACCGCCGCGCCCGGUGGAAGACAAAGACGCUGGAGCGCGACUUCGACCGCCUCAAGGCGUCCUUCGACGCCCUCCGCGCCGACCACGACGCGCUCCUCCAGGACAACCACCGGCUCCGGUCACAGGUGGUAACGUUGACCGAGAAGAUGCAAGAUAAGGAGGCGCCGGAAGGCAGCUUCGGUGCAGCCGCCGACGCCUCGGAGCCGGAGCAGGCGGCGGCGGAGGCGAAGGCUUCCUUGGCCGACGCCGAGGAGCAGGCCGCGGCAGCGGAGGCGUUCGAGGUGGUGCAGCAGCAGCUGCACGUGAAGGACGAGGAGAGGCUGAGCCCGGGGAGCGGCGGGAGCGCGGUGCUGGACGCGAGGGACGCACUGCUCGGGAGCGGAUGCGGCCUCGCCGGCGUGGUGGACAGCAGCGUGGACUCGUACUGCUUCCCGGGGGGCGCCGGCGGCGACGAGUACCACGAGUGCGUGGUGGGCCCCGUGGCGGGCGGCAUCCACUCGGAGGAGGACGACGGCGCGGGCAGCGACGAGGGCUGCAGCUACUACCCCGACGACGCCGCCGUCUUCUUCGCCGCCGCGCAAGGGCACGGCCACCAUCACACGGACGACGACGAUCAGCAGGACGACGGCCAGAUCAGCUACUGGAUGUGGAACUAGGCUCGCGCGCAUGCAUCAAGAAGCGUGCGUGCGCCGUGGAAUCGAUCAAUUUCGGAGUAUGUCAGUAAAAAAGUCGUGGCGUUUUGUUUUCUCUCCUUGUAUGCUUCCCGCUGUAAUGUUGGGUCACUACGAUCGACCAAGUUGUAUGCAUAUGCAUUGUAGUACUACGAGUUAGGGUAAUAUAUCGGUGGUAAAAUCUGUCGUGAUGUACGGGAAAUAACUGCACGGAGUCAAAGCCUCAAUUUUAUGGCACAGUACAUCUUGUCAAAUGAGAUUUUUAAUCA